AAUAACAUCCACUCAUAAUAUGCUUAAUGUUUAGAUAUUGAUGUGUGCUAAGCAUAGUUGAACAAAAACAAUUAAAAUAUAACAUUGUCGGUGGAUUCAUGGAUUUUUGAUGUAAAGCCAAGCUAAGCUAAGGUUGACACUUUUUUACACCAACUUUUCUCUCUCUCUCUGUGUACAGCCUAAGCUUAAGCUUAUCCCUCCCCACUUGUUGCCUCUGCCGUAUGUUAUAGCCAAAAGGGUGUGUGAGAGAGAGAAACAUAAACACAACCAACCAUCAAGGGAAGUUAGAGAGAGAGUUGAGUUGUGUUGAGAGAGAUAGAGAGAUAGAGGAGAAGAUGAACGGUGGUGAAUCUUACGGUGCUAUUGAGACACAAUACAUAAGGAGGCAUCACAAACAUGAACCAAGGGAAAACCAGUGCACCUCUGCACUUGUUAAACACAUAAGAGCUCCUGUUCACCUUGUGUGGUCGCUGGUGAGAAGAUUUGAUCAACCUCAGAAAUAUAAACCAUUUGUUAGCAGGUGUAUCAUGCAAGGGGAUCUUGGCAUCGGAAGUGUUCGAGAAGUGAAUGUUAAAUCUGGCCUUCCUGCCACAACAAGUACUGAGAGGUUGGAACAACUGGAUGAUGAGGAACACAUUCUCGGCAUCAGGAUUGUUGGAGGUGACCAUAGGCUGAGGAACUAUUCUUCCAUAAUCACCGUCCAUCCAGAGGUCAUCGAUGGGAGACCCGGUACAAUGGUGAUCGAAUCAUUUGUGGUGGAUGUGCCUGAUGGGAACACCAGGGAUGAAACUUGUUACUUUGUGGAGGCUUUGAUCAGGUGUAACCUAAGCUCUUUAGCUGAUGUCUCAGAGAGAAUGGCCGUGCAAGGUCGAACCAAUCCUAUCAACCAUUAAGCAUGUCUAGGGGAGAAUGAAGUUGGGUUCAUACAAAUUAUAUGAUCCAUUGCUCUCUGAUCCUAGCUCAAGUGUGGACAUUGGUUGGAGUAUUCCUUCUAUGUUCCCAGAAGUUUUGGAACUUUUUUCAUCUGUAUCAUGGAUACAUUCCCCCUACCAUCCUUCUUGCAUUUUUAGCUGUGUAAUCACUCUUUUGAACUGCUAAGUGUCUCUUCUUCAAUAUUUGUAAGAUGAGAUUCAGUGCCUCAUGAAAGCACAAGGAUGUGAGGGGGAAGUUUUUACCUGCUAUAUUCUUCCUGGAUUUUGUGGAUGGUGGUGUGUUACUAUAGUUAUUUGUAAAUAUUUUUGUUGGACCAAAGACAGUUUCUUCAGUUUUCAUGUUUCAUGUUUAGUAGCAACUUUUUUGCCAGAUUUAUGUGCUGGCACAAGGAAACUCCAAAUAGUGGAUACUGCCUUGUUAUUUUCUUUAAUAAGUAGUGUAGCUUUUGUAAGAAGUUAUCUAUUCCAUAUUCUCCUUGUUUAGGACUAUGUUCAGAACACUUAAUCAAAAUGAUUUUGUUUCUGGCUCU